AUGAUCGGGCCGGAGCUUCCACCGGCGCCGCCACCGCCCACGCUCUAUGACGCCGACGGCAACGAGCUGAGCAAGCCGACGAAGAGAAAGGUUGCCAUAGUGGUGGGAUAUGUCGGGACCGCGUUCCACGGUUGGCAGCAAUCCACCGAUGCGCAGAACGUGCGAACCGUCGAGGGCGAGCUCGAAACCGCACUGUGGAAGGCGGGUGCCAUCGCCGACAGCAACUACGGCGACCUGAACAAGAUUGGUUGGGGGAGGACAAGCCGUACGGACAAGGGAGUGCACGCGUCCAAGACCGUGGCUGCGGCAAAGCUUCUCCUACCCCAGGAGACCUUCACCGCGACGGGCAUGUCGCAGUACGGCAAGGACAAGCUCAACGAGAAGCUCCCCGACGACAUCCGGUGCUUCAGCGUCUCCAAGGUGCCCAAGUCGUUCAGGGGGAGGGAGGAGUGCACGCUGAGGGAGUACACGUACUACCUGCCGAGGGAGCUCCUGCCUGACGACGAAGCCCUGGGCAAGUUCCGCGAGCUCCUCAAGCUCUUCGUGGGCACGCACAGCUUCCACAACUACGCCAGCACCAAGGGGCGGCAGCUGAAGGAGGUCCGCAAGAGGGUGAAGGCCUCGAUCGACCUCAAGAAGUCCGGCGGGAAGCCGGCGCCAGGACCGGAAAAAGCAGCGGGUGGGGCUGUUUCUGUGUCAGCCCCUGGCUCGGAAGAAGACGCCGCUGCCGCCGCCGCCGGUGGCGGCGGUGACGCCGGGGAAAGCGGCAGCAAGAAACGGCGGUGGGUGUCCAAGGACGAGUGGCGCACGUACCGCUACAAGAAGAAGUCGGCCGCCGAUCAGAAGGCGGACGACGCCUGGUUCGGGAAGCAGUCGGCGGCCGGUGCCGCGCCCGAGGAGAGCGUGGGGGCGGCGGCGGCGGCGGAGCCGCCGGUAGUAGCGGUAGCAGGGGCUGAGCAGCAAGCAAGCGGCGACGAGGGGCCGGAGAGCGCUUCGCCGCGGAGUAUAGAAGGGGGCACGUCCGGGGAUGCCGUUGGCAGUGCCGAUGCUGGCUCGGCGGCGGCGGUGGCUGCCGCGGUGACGCCGAAGGAUGUUGCGGGCGCGGGCGGGGCGGCUGGCGCCGAGGGGGCGGUGGUGAAGUCCGACGGAGGAGGGGGAGAGGCGGGGGGGGACGCUGCUAGCGCCGUGUCGGCGCCGGGGGCUCAGGAGGCGGCAGGGGUGGGGGGUGAGGAUGAGGGGCCGGAGAAGCAGAUUUUGCUCCGAGAGCUGAGAACAAGCAUUUACCGCUGCGAGGCGCUGGACGGCAUCGUGAGCUACACGCGGCCUGGGCAGGACACCCCGGACGAGUUCGUGCGGAUAGACAUCCGUGGCAAGGCCUUUGUAUACAAUCAAAUCCGGCUGAUGAUCGGCGGGGCGCUCGGGGAGGCGAGGGGCGACCUGUGGUCGGGGUUCGUGGAAGCGGCCUUGAAGACCCCGUACAAGCUCAGGGUGCCCCUUGCGCCAGCCGAGGGUCUUGUGCUCGAGUCCCAGGCCUUCACGCGACAUACGAACGCCCUCGUGCUGGACCCGCGAGACCUGGGCAGCAUCGGCGGCACGCUUGCCGUGUGGGGCGAGAGCAAGGAGGGCAACGCGAUGAAGACCACGGGGCGGCUUCAGACCCUGCUCACCCGGGAGCAGCUGAGGGAGGCGGCGCGGUGGAGCGACAAGCACAUCCUUCCGGCCGUGGCGGACGCGUGGGAGACAAGGGGCACGGCGAAACUGUUCCUCGAGGCCGUGGAGAAGUUCUUCGUGGGGCAGCAGCAGGAGGAGCCGCUGCUGAAGGCCAUCGCGGAGAACCUUUCGGAGAUCUCGGAGAGCGAGCGGCGGGCGGAGGAGAAGUACAACAAGUUCCGGGUGCUGGCCAAGGAGAGGGGUUCCACCAAGUACAAAGAUUUGCUUCCCAAGAGCAUCGCCACGGGGAUCAUCUGCAAGUUCCGGCUGCUCCCGGGAAACAAGGUCUCCGCCAUACAGCGAGGGGUGGUCGAGCGCAUGAACAAGGGAGAGCUACCGCCGCUGGCGGAGGUCGAAGAGAUCCUGGCGUUCUUAGAGAAGAUAGGAGUCGACCAGGUGGCCCUCGACGGGGGGUUCGUUGCUCCUGACUUCGAAGGCGGCGGCGGCGGCGGCGGCGGCGGCGGUGCUGCGGCAAAGAGCGCUGCCCCCCUCGCCGCGGCAGAGACGGCUACUACAACGUGA